GUUUUAUAAUAGUGACGUUAUGAUAUUCACAAAUAGAUGUUAAUCCAUCAUGAUUUACCCGAUCGUAUGAAGGAGAUUGUUUAUUUGUAAAAAGGAGGAAUCGAUCUUUCCAAGUUUUGUUUCUGCGGGGCCAUAUUUUGAUGGACAUCCCGAGAGCGGAAACAGUAACGUCUUCCAAACACCUCGGCGGCAGUGGAACUGGUAUUUGCAAAGCUACUGCGUGGUACUUGAGAACUGGGCAAACCAUCAAUCGAAGGAGCUUUUUUUAGGAAAAAACAAAACAAACACUUGAUAAUGGAGCAUUUGCCAGAGUGCAAUUCAAGAUACAAAGACGUGGAAUACUGGGAUGAAAGAUACAAGAAGGAACAGUCGUUUGAGUGGUUCGGAGAUUAUUCGAAGUUCGAACAUUUACUGGAACAGCACGUCAGAAAAGAGGAUAAGAUUCUGGUACUAGGCUGUGGAAAUAGCUCAGUGAGCUUUGAUAUGUUCAGCUGUGGUUACGGCUCCAUCACCAACAUCGACUACUCAGCCGUCUGCAUUGAGACCAUGGCAGCGAGACAUGCUGACUGCCCAGGGAUGGAGUGGUUACAAAUGGACGCCCGCAAUCUGGCAUUUCCUGAAGGUGCCUUUGAUGUGGUUUUAGAGAAAGGUACACUGGACGCCAUGAUGGUGGAAGAGAAGGACCCAUGGAAGGUGUCUCCUCACACUGCCAGCUUGGUUCAUCAGGUCUUAAAAGAGAUCAGUAGAGUACUGAAGCCAGGAGGCCGAUUUGUCUCCAUCACUUUUGCUCAGCCACACUUCCGGAAGAGGCUGUACGCCCGAGAGCAGUUUGGCUGGUCUGUCAGACACUGGAGCUACGGAGGAGGUUUCCAAUACUUUCUGUAUGUCCUAACCAAGGGAGAGGUGCUGAGCUCAGAGGAUCGGGCUCUAGAAAGGAAGGUGCUGGAAGGCGAGAGACCCCCAACUCCGGUUACGUUCCAGGACUCUGAUUCGGAAGACUACCUUAACAACAUCACCCUUUAGGUCAGUCGCUUGAAACAUCUAUGUAGGACCCCCACAUCUUUAAACAACCAAAAGGAGAAUGGAAUUUGUAUACUAAACUAAAAGCAGUAGUUCAAUCCCAAGUAAGUCAAUUAGUAAAGGCGGUCACAGGUUCAAGUCUGGGCUGUGUCACUAGUUGAUUGACAGUGAUAACCUGACUGGCUGAGAGCUGCAGAGGGGAGGGUGGGUUUAGUCAGCCAGGGCUCUCUCAGCUCUACCCUCCAGUCAGCGCUGAUCCCCCAGAACGGGACUGUGUUGCCUUUUCUGUGUUAAAGAUGAGUAUUGUGAGGAAGGCUGGGUCGGAGGAGUCUGCCUACACUCCUUCAUUCCUGCCUGUGGUUGCGGGGCUCAGAGCUGUGAGCUGAGAUGUGAGGAACAAACAAAUCCCAAUCCUGUGCUUAUAACAAAAUUAUGUUGCGACUCGAAACUCCAAACAUGAGAGUAGUUUAAACUGCGGUUUCUUGUUCAUUCACUUCCACCUUGUUACAAGACUAUUCUGCACAGUGCUCUGCUGUUCUUCUGGUUUAGAUGAUCUGACGUGUCCUCCGUAUGUAAGAGCAAAUCGAAGGGGCAUGAUGGAGAGGGAUGUCACCACUGGUGCGGAAGCCUCUUCUUGUUAUGAUUCACCUGUGGGCUCUGAAUCGUCGUACAUCUGUGAGUCCCCCAUCCCCACAACUCCAAGCUCUUGCUUUCAGAGGAAAUUGAGACUGGCUAAAAUAAAAUUAAUAAAUAAAAUAAAAAAAGAUACAGUCCCAAGCAGAUGAGUUAGGGAGUGUAAGAAAGUUAGAUGUGACAGGGGAAAGAUAUACAUAAUCCAAAAAUUUACUUUUAUACUGUAUGUUUGUAAAAUGUUUUAAAGUUAAAUAUUUUUGUUGCUUUAAAAUGAGCAUAAACAGUAGGAAAUGUUUUAAUGUCAAUGAGUUUGUGUUAACCUUAUUCUCUGUUACAGUAUAGUUGUAAAAAGUGCUAAUAAAAGUUUU